CUGUAGCGGUACAAGUCAGUACACUCUGCAACAAGAAGAAUCGUCAAAGAUCUCACAUCACAUCAUCUCGUAUUCAGGCCGAUAGAAAGAUAAACACUGUUGAUGUCCUAUGGUAGACUGCUGAUGAUCUAAAGGGAAGACUGUGUUUUUUUAUUCUUCUUGGGAGCAGUAAUGGAAGAACUUACAGCGUUUGUGUCCAAAUCUUUUGAUCAGAAAGUGAAGGAAAAGAAGGAGGUGAUCACGUACCGAGAGGUGCUGGAGACCGGUUCGGUGAGAAAUAGGGAGAGUCUGUCGGUGGAACCGGCUCGCGAGGAGAUAAACAGUAUCACGCGGGGCGGCGGGCGCUCAUCGCCGGUCAGAGAAACAGACAUGCUUGUGUCAGAAAGAAGCAGAGACACAAGCAGCCCCAAACUUACAGACGGUGACACGGACCUAAAGGAACGCAAAGAUGAUUGUAAGCCGAUGGAGGAUGAGACACAGACUAAAAUCAAGCAGAGAAGGAGUCGGACUAACUUUACUCUGGAGCAGCUGAACGAGCUGGAGAGACUGUUCGAUGAGACGCACUAUCCGGACGCAUUCAUGAGAGAGGAGCUGAGCCAGAGGCUCGGGUUGUCGGAGGCAAGAGUGCAGGUUUGGUUUCAGAAUCGACGGGCCAAGUGCAGAAAACAGGAAAAUCAGUUGCAUAAAGGGGUUCUCAUCGGAGCGGCGAGUCAAUUUGAAGCGUGUCGUGUCGCUCCAUAUGUCAACGUUGGAGCUCUUCGCAUGCCAUUCCAACAGGAUAGUCAUUGCAACGUGCCGCCCUUCUCCUUUCAGGUUCAGGCGCAGCUGCAACUGGACAGCGCCGUGGCCCACGCGCACCAUCACCUUCACUCUCACCUGGCGGCGCACGCGCCGUACAUGAUGUUUCCGGCCCCGCCGUUCGGGUUGCCUCUGGCGACGCUUGCUGCGGAAUCUGCUUCGGCAGCGUCAGUGGUGGCGGCAGCAGCGGCAGCAAAAACCACCAACAAAAACUCGAGCAUCGCGGACCUGAGACUAAAGGCAAAAAAACACGCCGCUGCGCUGGGACUGUGACGUCACACAGUCCCGCAACACAACGUAAAAACACUAUUUAUGAAGGACUUAUGAGGACACACAAGAAUAAUAAACGAUAGGCUAUUUAUGAGAUGAACAUAAACUGUGAAGUGGUAAACCUCUGUGUGGAUCCCUCCAUGAAUGUAGGGACGUGGACAACUACAAAAUGUUGAACCCAAAGACCACAAAAAGUUGAACUUUUAGUGAACUUUUGCAGAAGACAGCGGAUGUGUAGGCUACAUGGGAAAACAAGAGGCUGCCCGAGACAAGUUGAAUCUGAAUAUAAGGAUUGCUCGACUGUUUGUGUGACAAAGCGAACAUUACUGCUUUAAUACAUGAUUAUUAAUCAAUGAAAAUAAAGAGGCUGGCCUCGUUUUAUUUGAAAAAAGUUUCUCUGUGAAUAUUUGUCAACUAAUACAUAAACUACAACACUGAUGACGGUUAUUACUUUUGUCGCCAAGAUGAAAACUCCAGUAUGCGUUUCUGCCCUUAGAAGACAGGAGCCAAAAGGAACUAGCUGCUUUUAUGCUGUUUGAUUUCUGAAACUGAUUGAACUGAAAACCGAUAAUUUAAUUAUAAUUUAAUUAUAAUUUUCAUCGCUGUAUAGUUAAAUAAUUCAUCAUGCCGAUAAUUUAAAAUAGGCAAAAUGUAUGCUCAAUUCACAUUUAGCCUACACACCAGCACACAAACACACAACAGGCCUACUCGGUGUAUUAACAAAUUCAGGCAAUAUAAUAGUGAUAUGGAACGAGCACGUGUACAAUAUGUUAAUGCCAACAAAAAUAUUUGGGUCAUUAUGUGCUUCUUAAAGACAUUGUGAGAACUCCCUGGAAUUUAUUUCCCGUUUACCCUCUUCUUUCCUUUAUUCAUCUCUUUCUAAGUGUAUAAAACCAUGUGAAUCUGUAAAUGUAAUGUUCAUGUUUUCAUAAGGUUAUAACCGAACAUCGAGUGCGGG